AUGGUCGGCCCAGCAGAUGGGGACAAGCCCACACAUACGACAAAAACCAUAGACGAGCUCUUUGGCGACACGAACGAUAAUGACGACCCCUUCAACCAGCUGGGGAACGACGAGCCGGCGGAGGCAGCGGAAGCGGGACCGGUGGUUCUAGACGAGAAGGCGGAAGAGGAUGAUCCCUUCGCUGGAAUAGGAGGCGAGGAGGCGGAGGCGGCUCCAGCGCCGGAGAUCGAACCGGAUGUGCAGGAGGAAGAGCCAGUGCUCGAGGUGGACCAGGCAGAGCUCGACCGUCAGAAGUAUUACGACGAUCUGAUGGCCGAGUUCGACGGCGGGGCGGAGUCUCCACUGGGCGAUGCGGACGCGCCGCCAGUAUCGGAGGAAUACACCUUGCCCCCUACUGCGGCCGCUGUAAUGUCGGACGCCCCUCGGCAAGCUGUACCGCCAGUCCAGGCGCUCUUUGGCGAGGACGACGCCUCGUUCAACGACUUCCUCGGCUCAGCUCCCGCAGAUGACACUCCGCCCGGCCCUAGCUUUGGUCUAGGAUUAGACGGCGGGUCCUCUCCAUCCCGUCAACAUACAGGGGACACGUCCGUCCAAAGCCUGUUCUCCAACACCAGCGACUGGAUGAACGAUACGACGAUGGACGGGUCCUUCAUCUCGCAAGGCGAGGACGAGGCGCUGUCGCCAGUGGAGUCUAUGUUGCCGCCCAGACCAGAGCUGGCGGUGGCUUCGGUCGAUUCUGAGGAGGAGGAAGUGGAGGUCCCUGAAGGGUGGAUAGACGAGUAUGGGAACUUCCAGUAUUACACGGCAGAGGACAAGGCGGCAGUCAGGGAGAGCAUGUUGGCAGAGCGAGCUGCUGCUCGGGCAAAUGCGCCAGCUAUAUCUGUACCCCCACCAGCGCCGUAUCACUCGGAGAAUGCUGCUCGGCGGACACCACAACCGGACCAGGUAGCACAAUUCGCCUCACCCCCCACUCACCUCCCCUACGCGCCCCCUACCUUCUCUCGACACUCUACCGGGCUACCCACACCUUCUUUCAAUACACCACAGCCCAUCUCCAACCCUUACACUCCUGGCGCCGCCCCCGUCCCCCGCGCACAAUCCUCCUACUUUCCACCUGUCCCGGCACAAACUGCGGGCUACUCUGCGGCCCCAUACGACCCAUACGCUCCCCAGUCAUUCGCGACGAGCUCAUAUGCGUCGUCCCCGUCGCAGGCAAGUCCCGCUCGGUCUGUCCCGGCCGCUACGAAGCCGGUCCCACCCAAGCCUCAGCGCGUCAUCUCCAACGCGUACGAUCCACCCUUACGGACGCAGAAGAGCUUCAUCCGCCCAGUAUCGGCAGCGCCCAUGGCGUCCCCAUUCCCAGCACCGUCUCCGAGUCUGGCUACACCGCCGGCACCGCCGGUCUCGCUCCCUCCUAGCGGUCCGCCCAGACGUGUGCCUAGCGUCCCACCGGCGUCUUCCCUCGGUCUCAGCCGGCUGUCCAAAGCUAUACCUGAAAGUCCAUCGGCGUAUGAGCCCGUCCAGCCAUCACCGUACGGUAUGCCAGAUUACUCUGCUUCGGCACCGAGUACCGCCCCGACUCGGAGAGACGGACCGCCCAGUCGACCUUCGUCUCAGGCAUCACAGCGUCCCAAGGCUGUGCCGAACGCCUUUGACCCACCUCUCCGCCCGCCUAGCGUAGCAAGAAGCGUGUCUCGACCGGUCUUUACUCCUCCUCCACCUGCACCGCCUGCGCUACUACCGCCUCCCCCGCCAUCGGGCCCGCCGCAAGGCCCAUCCCGGCCGUCCAGCCGAGGCGGGCAGAAACGCGCCACUCCUUCUUUCGAACCUCCACCUCCACUCCCUGCAAAACGCGCUCCUCCCAUUCAGCCGCAGGAAGAUCGGUAUCGCCAGCCCGUCAUGCCUCCGAUGCCCCCUCCCCGUCCAAUCACGCCGGAGCAGGAACCAGCGUUGGAAGGCGAAAGUGGCGUACCGAGGGAUGCGGGAUGGCCGCACUUGACCAGCGCGGCGGAGGACGAUGAGAUGGAUAGGUUGCGGGAUGGAGAGGAUGAGCCGAUGUUUGAGCGGAAGUUGGAAGAGGAGGAAGAUCCGGAAGGUGGGGGAUGGAGGGAAGAUGAGGACGCGCAAGAGGCGUCAAGGCAGAUCGACGUCGAUGAGGAGGGUGAUAGCUGGGUAGCUUCGCGGAGGCCGAGCUCGACUGCUCCGCCACCUGCCCCGCCGGCUCAGCUGGCUCCGCGACCGCCUCCACUGGUCGAUCGGCAGCCGUCGUACGAUCCGUACGCUCCUUCUACUUCAACGCAAAGCUACACACCCUCGGUACCCUCACAAAAUGGGUAUGCUCCGGCACAGGCGGCGGCAUCUCCGCCUACGCCAAAGCAGGAAGCUCGAUCUUUCAACAUGAGCUCUCCGGCCAAAACACGCCCGCCCAUCCCGACAUCAUUCGCCCCUCCCGCGGCAGACCCCUACGCCCCUUCCUCUUCAUCUUACCAGCCAUCGCGACCUGUCGCGCAAACCUCGCAGUCCUCGUACCAGCCCGCCCAGUCGCCGUACGAGGCCGCUCCGAUCUCCAUCCCGGUUCAGCCGCCCACCCCAUACCUCCCCUCCGAUCCUUACGCGCCCAACGACGCAUCAUCCAACCGGUACGCCGCAAACCGGUCUAUCUCACCCGCGCACAGUGCCCAUCCCUCCCUGUCCUCCAACAACCUCUACGCCCCGAACCGCACCGCCUCUCCCGCCAAUAGCUCCCAAUACGGCGCGUCACCCCAAAACAACUACUUCCAGUCCAUGCACCUCUCCCCUACCGAUACCUCCUACGUCCCGCAACAAGUCCUCGAGCAGCGUCCGCUCUCCGAGGAUCCCCUCGGGCGGUGUACACUGUCCGCCAAGAAUGCGCCGCUCGCGGUAUUCGGAUUCGGAGGGAUGCUCGUUACUGCCUUCCCGGGCGCGGCGGAGGAUGUCCACGCAUUAGGACAUAACAGAACGCCGUCGUAUGGCUAUGCGUCGGGUCGAGGGCAAUUGCUCAUUCGUCCAAUUGGAACGGUGAUGGAGGUGGCAUCGAGCAGUGAGGGGGCGGCUGCGUAUCCUGGUCCGUUGCUUCUGGACCCGAGCAAUCCAAAGGGGUCCGCGGGGGACAAGAAGAAGAAGGAGGCGGUGUUGGCGUAUCUCGAGGCCAGAGCAGAGGAGAUUGAGAAGGGUUUGCCGUAUCUCAAGAGUAGUGCGUCAGGGGCGAGGCGGGAGGAAGAGGGCAAGCUGUUGUUGGUCAGGCUGUUGAGCGCCUUGCUUAUCGGCGAGGGCAAAUUUAGCGGAAGUCCCAAAGUGGAGGAAGCGCUGAAGAAGGCGCUGGCUAGCCCCUCGGAAUCAACCACUCUGAUCACACCCGGUAAUCUCGGCUCUGCAGCAUACGGUACUUCCACCUCGACCAGCACGACGGCUGCCGCUACUCCAGCUCAGCUGUCUGCACUCUCAGACAUGCUCGUCAGUGGCGACAAGCGCGAUGCUCUCGAGUACGCCUCAGGCCACGGUCUCUGGUCGCACGCCCUGGUCAUAGCCAGCUCGCUCGGCCCGGAGCUUUGGAAAGAGACUUUGAACCGGUUCAUCCAGGCCGAGCUGGCCGGCGAGGGGGUGGCUGGUUUGAGGGCGUCGUACUCGCUCUUUGCCGGGGCUGAUCCAUCAAUUGCUGAGGACCUCUUUGGCGCUGCGAGUAUCACGGACGACCCGAGCAAGGAUCAAUGGCGAGAAGUCAUCGCUUCGGUGGUCUUCAAUGGACGGCCGGGAGACGCUUCUUGUCUGGAUGAUCUGGCGGGACGAUUCAUGCAGCGUGGACUGCUCAAUGUCGCUUAUGCUUGCUCACUGCUGUCCCCACUAUCACCUUUCAUCGACCCAUCGCCUACCGCCUUUGACCGACCUAUCGCCAUGAUGCAGGAUACGAGGAACGAGGACGCUGUCAUCUUUGCCGAGAUCGCAGAGUAUUGCAAUGCCGUCGAAGCAGCUACCAAGCUCGCUAAGACCGGUCCCUCUCUUCUCCUCCCACAUCACGUCUCAUCCCUCGAAGACCUGCUUGAGCGCCUUACUGGCUCGCCCUCCAUCGAGCCCGCCAAGGGUCUCUCUGCGCGCAAAGCACCAACCAAGCCUGGGUUCGACAAGCUCGGCUCGUGGAUCGGCGGCCGGCUCACCACCUUCAUCGCGGGCGAGGACGACACGUCUUCUUCUGCAACCUCGGCACCCAAGACUGCUCCCGCCGCCAAGGGCGCUGCGCCCGCUGGCGCCGUCGGUCCAUUCAGCCACUUUAGCACCAUCAGUCCCGCUCCAAGUAGGAACAGCAGCGUGCCCGACUUUGCGGCGAAUGGGGGUGGAUACCUCGGUGUCACUCCGAUGGACGGGCGUAGAUCGGGAAUGCCCUCGCCUCAGAGUGAGAUGCCGCCGACUACCUACGGUCAGGGUGGCGGAGGGUAUUCUGCGUGGGGGGAGCAGAGCGAGCAGGCGGUAGACGAGGACCAAGAGGGAGAGAGCACGCCCAUGCCUGAUGAUGUGGGAGAGCUACUCAACCCGAUGGCGGCACUCACCUUUGGCGGUCCCUCUGCUCCUGCGUCCAGCUCGAACUCCUAUGCUCCCAAACCGACUCAGCCGGUCGAAGACGACGACGAGGACGAUCUCGGCUUCGGUAACGCCGGUCUCUCGCGGAACCGCACGCCCCGACCGGCCGACUCGGCGAACGGCGGAGACGCGAAGGACAAGGGCCCUGCGGCGGAAUCAGAGAAGACGGACCCCAAGGCGGAUAAGGGAGGCAAGAAGGAUGAGGCGUCGUUAGGGAAGGAUGAGGCCAAGCCGGCGGGUUGGUUCAAGGGAUGGUUUGGGAAGAAGGAGGGAGAUGCGGCUGGACCUGGACCGAUUCGGGCCAAGUUGGGCGAGGAGAAUGCUAUGGUGUUUGACAAGGAGCUGAGGAGAUGGGUUGUCAAGGGUCAAAAACCCGAAGCUGCUCCAGCUCCGCCUCCACCCCCUCCUCGUUCCCAGACCGUCUCUCCCGGUCGUGCUGCUCGUCCACCCGCGUCCGGACCCCCGGGCUCCUCUUCCCCAUUCGCCACCAUGCCACGCUCCGUCUCGGGCGCCGCCUCAUCCCCUUCCUACCCCUCUGACGACUCCGCGCCCCGUCGAGGUCCACCACAACCCCGCUCCGGUCUCGCCGAGAGCGUCACGGCCGACCAGGCCCCACCUGCCGCUGCGGCGCUCAGUGCCCCGAAACCGUCAGUCCCAGGCAACGGGAUGCCAUCUGCCCCGCCUGGACCGCCAGGGAUGGGCAAACCACCAGGCGGACUACCGACACUGGCAAGGCCACCAGGAGCUUCUUCCAGUAUAGACGACCUGCUUAGUAGGCCACCGAGUAAGCGGCCGGGGAGCGCGGCGAGUAAGAAGGGGGCGAGGAAUCGAUAUGUCGAUGUCUUCCAGCAGCCGGCGGAGAAGUAG